AUGACUGCCCAAAGGUCCGCUAGCGCCGCAGAACCGGUUAGUAAUAAUAGGGAGAAAAAAGAGAGAGGGGAGAUAGUAGGGGUAGGAACGUGGGCAGACCCAAGGCGGGCUGAUGUUUGGAUUUUUGAUCUAACCAAUGAGGAUGCGCCAUUAAUACACGCUAUAUCUAGGCUUAAUGGAGGCCCCGAACUACUCACAGGUCCAGCACUAGCACGCCGGUCGACGGUUCGGGCGGCUCCCAAGCUGCGAGACAGUUGCCAUGCCUGUUCGGCUUCCAAGGUCAAGUGUAACAAGGAGAAACCGACAUGCGCCCGUUGCGCAAAACGUGGCCUGGCGUGCGAGUACCUUGUCACCAAACGCGCUGGCCGUAAGCACAACACUCGGCCAAGCGAGACGACAAACGUGACCCAGGCGUUGCCAGAGUCCACCUGGUCCGCCUCCUCGGGGACGGGUCUUUUGACAUCGCCCACCCUCAUCCAGCCUUCUCCCAGGCAGCAUACGUCUGAGUAUCCAGACAUCUUGCCGAAUCUUCUCUCACCGGUGGAUCCUUCUUCGUCGUCUACGCUCACAACCUUAAGCACCAAUCUCGACGACUUUUUUGCCUCGCCGAUAUCCUUUCCUGUGUUAGAAACGUCCGACCACGACGUCCUGGCUCAGUCCCACAUCUCUUCCAGAGGCGUCAACAACGGCCUGGAUUCUAACGAUGGCGCCGCUCUUCUCCCACCUGAGGAUGCGUUUUCGGUCCUCGACGAAGCAGUCGCAGAACUCUCCACCCUAUCCAAGCCACGCUCCCCUCCGAACAGUCGCGCUUCCACCACCACCAGCGAUGCGCCGAGUUUCCAGGGCUGCCGCUCGGAGUCGCCGUGUUCCUGCCUGAUCCGUGCGCUCGGCCUUCUCAAGCAGCUCUCCCCAAACACUUCGACCGCCUGCACGCGUUCGAAGAGGCAGGGCUAUGAGAAUGCCACAUGCCAGCUCCCCACAAUCCAAUCCGUUGUGGCGGAGAAUGAGCAGACCAUCGAAGCAAUCAGCAAUAUGCUGCAGUGUCCGUGCUCGCAGGACGGCUAUUUGCUCGCCAUCAUGUCUCUCAUCGUCUUCAAAGUCUUGGACUGGUACUCAGCCGCGGCACGGGAGACGCCAGUGACGGAUGAUAGCCAGACUCCAAGCCAGUCUCACCCGGUCCACCGGCGACAUUCUUUAUGCCAUUCCGAGAAGGUGCUACAAUCUCCCACUGUCGUGGGCAGCUAUUGCAUUGAUGGCGAGGACCAAGGCCGCAUGGCAGCUCAGCUGGUCCUCAGCGAACUCCAUCGCGUGCAGCGGUUGAUCAACCUGCUGUCAAAGCGACUCAAAGGCCACGGAACAUGCAAUGGCGCGGUGGUCACAUCUAACACUGCCGCUGAUGGUCAAGAUACACUUUCCGACGGAGAGAGCACUUUGCCUUUCUCCGCCACAAUGUUGGAUCAACUUGAGGCGGAUCUUCGCAAGCGUCUUCGUGCUUUAUCGUCGGAGAUUGUCGAUAUGCUGCGGCGAGGGUAA